ACAAUCGUAAACCGGAAGUCUUGGUUUCUCGCGCAGUGCAUCAUGGGCUGGUGGCCGGCUGACCGCAGAGUGAGUGAUUUGAUCCGUCAGUGAGGAUGUGAGUGAGUGAGAUCUGAAGAUAUAAUGAUCUCCAGGAGCUGCUCUCUGUCCUCUAACAGUCCUCCUCAUAUGUGAGGGAUCCACAGUGAUGUCCUCUAACCAGGGCUCAUCUCCGCUCUCUCAGUCCAGUGAUGGGCCCUUCAGGAAGCCCAGGGCCCCUGCAAUGGGCCCCAGACACUGUCAGACGCCACACUCUUUACCAGACGUCUGUCCUAAAGAGCCCACCGGUGAGGGACGUGCUCUCUGUGACGGGCCGUCUGUUGUGGUCGACCAGCACCGCUGGACUGUGUAUAACUCUCAAGUGAACCUCCCCGCGGCCCUCAACGACCCCAGGCUGGCCAAGAGAGAGUCGGACUUCUUCACCAAGACGUGGGGCCUGGACUUCACCGAGACCGAGGUCAUGCCUUCCUUCUACCUGCCCAACAUCAGCCGAGAGCACUUCAGCUCGUACCUGCAGGAGACGGCUCAGAGGGAGAAGGUUCACGAGCGAUGUAAGAACAUCUGCCAGAGCAAAGACGAUCUGUCCGUGCUCACCAUCACCAGUAAUCACGAUAAAGCCCGAGCUGAACUGGAGCAGGUGCCCAAGAUCUUCAUGAAGCCGGAGUUUAUGCUGAAUGAUCCAGCCACGUUUAACGCCGUGUUGCCGUGGUCUCACUUCAGCGUCGCCGGGGGCAAGAACAGCCGAGAUGUUGCAUCGUCACGGUUACUGCAGGAAAAGUUGAGUCACUAUCUGGACGUGGUGGAGGUGAGCAUCGCUCGGCAGAUCUCUCUCCGCUCCGAGGCCUUUUUUCACGCCAUGUCGUCUCAGCACGAGCUCCAGGAUCGUCUGCGAGGAACAGCGGACGCCGUGGCUAAGCUCCGCGCGCGCACCGCUGCCAUCGACCGCAUCAUGUGCCGCGGACCGCUGCGAGCGCUGCGAGACGCUCUGACCCGUAACAACUGCGUCAAGCUACACAACAAGCUGAAGCUGAUGGCGGCCGUGCACCAGACGCAGCCCACCGUGCAGCUGCUGCUCUCCACCUCAGAGUUCGUCGGGGCGCUGGAGCUCAUCGCCACCACCAAAGAAGUGCUGCAGCAGGAACUGCAGGGGGUACACAGCUUCAGACACUUGGGUUCUCAGCUCUGUGAGAUGGAGAGGUUGAUCGAUAAGAUGAUGGUGGCCGAUUUCUCCACCUACGUUCAGAGCGAUCUCAGCCGACCCUUUGAGGAGGACAGUCAGAUCCUGGAGAAGGAUCGCUUGCAGUCUUUAGUCUUCGGCCUGCUGAGACAGAGGAAGCUGGAUUUCCUGGACAUCUACAGCGAGGAGAUGGUGCGCGUCGCCAAGAGCGUGGUUCGACAGUGUGUUGUGAAGUCUGUGUCACAGAUCAGUGAGAUCGAUGCAGACACCGUCAGGUUUCACGAGCAGAUGCGCUUGAUGACCUUUCCUCAGUGGUUUGAUCUGCUGCUGGAUAUUUUUGAACACUUCAUCCUGUUCCUCAAGAGGAUCAAGGCUACGCUCGGCGUCAUCCGCAGCGUGGUGCUGGAAGUGCUGGAUAGCAGCCAGAGGAGUCGGCUAGCAGACGUUUCCUCUGCAACCAAUCAUUCUGACGGCAGGACCAAUGAGGAGGAAGAGGAGGAGGAGUCUGGAGGCGGAGAGGCGGAGCUUGCGUAUCUCACACACGAGGGGCUGUUCAUCAGUGAUGCGCUGACGCUGAAUGAAGAGGAGCAGCACAGUCACACAGCAGCACAUGUGCAGACGAGAGAGCAGACACACACAGACGCCUGCGGGAGCGACUCGGCCUCCGCAACCACCGAAUCUUCCUCCAGCAGGGAACACAACUCCAACACUACCUCCUCCCUGCCCACAGGGGGCGCUACUGCGAUUGGUGAGGACGUGAUGCCGUCAGAUCUGGAGCUGGGUCGGGUGGCCAAUAACGCUCAGGAGCUGCUGUACACCGCCUCAGACGUCAGUCAAGACCGCUGUGUCAAAGUGCUCAUGACACGAGCAAAGGACGGGUCUCUGGAGCGCCUGAGCUCGUCAGAGUUCGUGUGUUUGAGUCAGGCGGUGGAGUCGUUCGUCUCAGACGCUGAUGAGCUGUGCGGCCGGCGCAGUGUGAGCCUGAGGGGGGCGCUGCAGAGUCAGGCCAACCGCUUCGUGCAGCGCUUCCACGAGGAGCGCAAGAAUAAACUCAGUCUGCUGCUGGAUAACGAGCGCUGGAAGCAGGCCGAGGUCCCGGCUGAGUUUCAGGAUCUGGUGGACUCCAUCGCUGACGGACGCAUCACACUUCCUGAGCACAAACACACAGGGUCCGAGGACAGGAAGCCUGGUGAGUUUCUGUGUGUGGACGGACAGAAGUACGCUGUGGUUGGGACGGUGCUGCUGCUGAUCCGCAUGUUUCUGGAGUACUGCCAGUGUGUGAACGACAUCCCCUCCAUCACCACCGACAUCCUCACACGCCUCGCCGACCUGCUCAAGCUCUUCAACUCUCGCAGCUGUCAGCUGGUGCUGGGGGCGGGAGCUCUGCAGGUGGUUGGCCUGAAAACCAUCACCACCAGAAACCUGGCUCUGGUGUCUCGCUGUCUUCAGCUGCUGGUUCACUUCAUCCCUGUGAUCAGAGCACACUUUGAGAGCAGACUGCAGCCCAGACAGUACAGCAUACUGAGACACUUCGGACACAUCACCAAGGACUACAAUGAUCACAUCGCCGAGAUCUCUGCUAAACUAGUGGCCAUCAUGGACAGCAUGUUUGAGAAGGCUCUGUCUAAGUAUGAGGUGAAGGCACCCAUGCCGUCUGUGUGUCUGCGAAACGUGUGUAAACAGAUGGCCAAGAUGCACGAGGCCAUUAAUGAGCUGUUACCGGAGGAGCAGACGCAGAUGCUGUUCCACAGGAUAAACGCCAGCUUUAAACUGAAUCUGAAGAGACAGCUAGCACGACUGGGAGUCAUCAAUGAUGGCGGACCUCAGUAUGGGCUGGUGAUGCUGGACGUGGCGUUUUACUCGGAGAGCGUGCUGGCUCUGCGCUCUCUGGAGUGUCUGGACUUAAACAUGCUGGAGAUCUGGGAGCAGAAGAGGUGAUGAUUGACAGCUCGUCCCGGCCAAUCAGGUCUCUCCGUCCGUCACGGUGACCGGCUCCGAGGAUGAACCGGCUCAGGACUCGGGGUCAGGUGUGUCUGAAUACCUCAAUCACUGAGGGACCCCUGUGUGAGCAGGACCGCCUCGGGGGGGACCCACGGCUUUCUUACGGAGACCAAAUCAGGAUUAGCUGGAGUGUUGAUCAGGCGCAGCUGGGGAUUGUGGGGAAUAUGUUGUUGUGUGGUUGUAAAGCAGAGACUCGUCGUCCGAUCCGCCACAACAGUGCAACUCUCCAUUCGUGUGCAAUUCUGUCUGAUUAAUGUUGUUAUAAUUAUUUCUGAAUUAUUUAAUCACAGAGGAAUCAAGGAAUAUUAGGUUAUUUAUUUUAAUUGAUUUUGACAUUGGUUGAUCAAUCAAAUGUUUUGUUUUUUUUCAUGUUAAGCUUUCAGGUGAUGACGGCUGGAUGAGAACUAGUACUAAAGAGGGUUUGAACACACUUUGACUUGUUCUCUGAUUGUCCACCAGCACUAAUAUGAUUUUAAUGGCUGCUUUUGGUUUCAUGUUCAGGUUCUCUGAGUAAAGUAUUAAAGCUUUGGAGGGUUAACUGAUUCUAGUCCUGAGAAUCUGACUGUCUACUUUAUAUGGUCUGCAUGGAGAAGAUGUGCUGUACUCCUCUUCAGACUCAGAUGAAGACUGCUACACUAAUCAGCUUUAGAUUAGUGCGUCAAACGAUUCAUCACAUCCAAAAUAAACAAAUUGUUUACAU